UUCUACUUCAACUGUCAAAUAGUUGUAUGACUUCACAGUUUUAAUUUGUAAUUUCUAGUUCGUGCAAUUAUGGCGUCGGAGAGAUACAGUUUUUCUCUCACAACCUUCAGCCCCUCCGGUAAACUUGUUCAAAUUGAAUAUGCCUUGGCGGCCGUAGCUGCUGGAGCCCCUUCAGUGGGUAUUAAAGCAUCAAAUGGAGUUGUUAUUGCAACUGAAAACAAGCACAAGUCUAUCCUCUACGAUGAGCACAGCGUCCACAAGGUAGAAAUGGUCACCAAUCAUAUUGGCAUGAUUUACUCUGGAAUGGGGCCAGACUACAGAUUGUUGGUCAAGCAAGCAAGAAAAAUGGCUCAGCAAUAUUAUUUGGUCUACAGGGAACCUAUUCCUACUGUUCAAUUGGUGCAGAGGGUAGCAGCAGUUAUGCAGGAAUAUACUCAAUCGGGUGGUGUCAGGCCUUUUGGUGUGUCAUUGCUGAUUUGUGGAUGGGAUAAUAACAGGCCUUAUUUAUUCCAAUGUGAUCCUUCUGGUGCCUACUUUGCAUGGAAAGCCACUGCAAUGGGCAAGAAUUACAUCAAUGGCAAAACGUUUUUGGAAAAGAGGUAUAGUGAAGAUUUGGAAUUAGAUGAUGCAGUGCACACUGCAAUUUUAACUUUAAAAGAGAGUUUUGAGGGCCAAAUGACUGCAGAUAAUAUAGAAGUUGGAAUAUGUGAUGCAGCUGGAUUUAGAAGAUUGGACCCAUCUCAUGUUAAGGAUUAUUUGGCAAAUAUUCCAUAAAUCUAGCUUUGCCUUGUACUUUCAUUAUUUGUAAGGGAAAACAAAUGUUUUUUAAUAAUUAAUUUAAUAACAAAA